GCAAACUAUAUGCGUUUAUUGCCCACAUAUAGCUAAACUCUUUUUAAAAAAAAAGAGAACAGACCUUGGUAACCGUGACUGGGGUUAUCUAUUAACUUACAAAUGCCACUUCCUGCUAAGGGGCAGGAAGAACCCGUGGACACUCAAUUAAAGGUGAUAUUGUGAAACGAUUUUAAGGCGUCCCUUAACAGGUACAAUUAGGACAGAGGCAUGAAUUCCCAAAAUAUAAUGCACAUUUAUUUAACAAAUAUGUGACUGUGGCGAGGUAGUGUGGUUAAAUUGAAAUUAUAAUAAAGUGGGACGGAGGACCGACAACGCCACCUGGGGACUAGCACCCCAGGAUAUAAACAUAAAAAGAGUAGGACACAGGUACAGGACUGAGGGGCAGAGACGUGUUUCAGAAUAAAGUAACUUUUAUUAACUGUAAAUCAAAAGGAAACUCAGGAAAACGGUGCUGGAAGACAAAAUAAUGGGUUAUAAAAACAACAAGAAUUACUCAGUUUAUAAAUGAUCUUUAUUAUAUAAUGAGAUUAAAAUUAUGAUCUAAAAUGUAACAUUUAAAAGUCUAUACAAAAAAAAGAAACUAAAUUUAAAGUGAGCCGAGGCCAGUUAAUGGGGUGGCAGGCUACUUGUCGUGACACUAGGGUGCAACCAAAUACUCACCAGGUGCAGCCACAGCAAAUCGCAAACAGGUCACUCACUCGGGUACCCCGGCGAUCUUCACCACAAUAAAUAGUGAGGGUUACUAGCCCCCCCCAAUGAGCGGCACUCAGCUUUACCAACGGAAAAAAGAAACAACUGAAAACAAGGUUAAACAAACAAAGGGGAACCCCAGUUGGCUACACAAAAACUAAACUAUAAAGAGAAAGGCAAAACAAGCUAACCCAAUCCAUAUAAACAAAACAAGCAAAAAUGCUAAAUAAACAAUAUGAACUAAAUCAAAACAGUAUAAACCAGUCAGCACCCCACUACAUAAACACAUAAACACAGGUAACAUUUGUCAGCUGUAAAGGGGUAAAAAAAAGGCAAAUAUAAUUCACAAUGAUUACAUAAGUUACCAUCCUCAGUUGGGACGGUCUGGUCCGCUGGGUCACAGUGCCUGCUAACCGUGAAGGAAAAAAAAAAAGCCAGUAAUAUUCAAACCAGCACUAUAGAAAAUAAUAAAAGUGAGAUAUUUUGCAUGCAUACCCUUGUAAAAUGUCACACCGUGAAGUCCCUACUGAAAGCAGACAACUUUCCACCUGGGUCCAGGCCUGCGCCGCCGAGCAGGAGCACCAACUAAGACACAGAUGUAAAAUAAUUAUGUUGCCCUAAGCUAAAAGGGAGACAAUUGACAGAAAUAUAAAUUAAAACAAAUAAUUUAAUUAAAUUUAAAAAACACACUAUAGGCCUAGACAGUGGCUGGCCUGGUCUUUUAUGAAAAAGAAACAAAUACAACACAUCAGUUGCCAGCAUCACUCACCGACUCACGUAACAAUGCAAAUAGUUAAAACAAGGCAUACUUCCACAGAGUUAUUUUCACACAGCUCUAUCCUGCCGGGGAAAUGGUCAGUUAGUAUCACGGGUUGCUGGGCCUAAAUACAACUUCUUUUAAAACACCAUUUAAAAGCACAUUACUCGCAACAUACGUCUAAUUCUUUGACUGUACAACUAUUAUUCCUACCUUAGUGAGGGGGAGACGACCAAUAACCGUGCAGCCAAGUGAGAGGCUAUCUUGAAUUGACCGCAAACUUUUAUUAUUUCCUAUUUACUGGUCACCGGUCAUGUGAUGCAUCAGGUGACAAUGACGUCAGUUUCCCACAAUACAUUUUUAUUCUUUUUUCAUAGUUGUUUAUAAAAACAUGUCCACCUUCUUCGUAGUGAUGGUGGAAGGCUCCUCCAGAUAUAAUUGAAAUAUUGAUAGAAUUAUGUGAUUCUUGUAACAUGAGAUAUUUGCAAUGUUAGCCCAUCCUUGCACAUUGUUCUUAGGUUAGGAUCAAGAUGGACAGGCAACAUAAUUAAAAUGGUUUUUGCUGCAUGUGGAAGCAUGACAUAAACAACACACUAAUUUACAAAUGACAUUUAAACAAAUUUAAAAAAGACUAAACAACAGUGCAUGAGCAUUUCUAAACACAUUAGAAUUGGCGUGUAAGUGUGUGUAACAUGAAGGCAAGGACAGUGGCAUCAUAUAAAGGCACGGACUGUUUAUUGUGUUUUAUUAAUGUAAUUAAACCUGUAUAUAAAACAGUUCAACUGGAAAAAGCCAAACUGUAGUUAAUGGCCACACAAUCCAAGAAGAAUAACGUUUAAAACACGAAUUAAACACUUGCAAAAUAUUUUUUCACACGUUUUCAAUUACUAUUUGAUUAGCAAUUCAUGACUGUCAACGACAUGUUGACAUUACAGAAUGUUUCAGAGGUGUGAAACUUCAGGAAGGACUAUUCAUGUCGCUGCUCUCCACAAAAAAAAAUACAUCAUUGACGUGGACGUCCUUGAUGAUAUCAUCGUUUUCACGAUAGUUCAUUGGAGGAUUGGCAGGAAGACAUAUUUCACAAAAAUCUCUGCCAAUACCAGCAGCAUUAAGAAACACUUUUUUCUUGAGGACCAGCAUUUACUUUCAUUAGGAGAAAAGACAACGGAUAUAUCUUUGAAGGUUUAUACGGAUUAUGUUCGAUGGCUCGUCAAAUUCAUCAGUGUUCUUGGAUAGGGUACGUUUUUGUAUUUCUCUUUAUUUCUGCCAUGAUGCACACGGUGUCCACCGUCACCCAUUAUUCUGUUCCCGAAGAAAUGGAAGAAGGCUCAGUGGUUGCAAAUUUAGCGACUGAUCUGGGAUUAGACGUGAAGACUCUGAAUAAACGAAAAAUGCGAGUAGAUGUCGUAGGCAAUAAAAAGUAUAUCGAUAUCAACAAAGACACAGGAGAGCUGUUCAUGCAGGAAAGGAUCGACAGAGAAUUGUUAUGCCCCUUGAAAACUACAACCUGCUUUCUCAGAUUAGACGCUACGAUUGAAAACCCGAUACGAAUGUUCAACAUUGAGGUGGAAAUCACGGACAUCAACGACAACGCUCCUCAUUUUCGACGGGGAACGAUGCAUUUGGACAUAUCUGAAUCAAGCCCUGUUGGAGAGAGAUUCUCAUUGAACAACGCUGCAGACCCAGAUGUUGGAACAAAUUCUGUGAACAAUUACCAUCUGAGCUCAAGUGAACACUUCUCCAUCGAAAUUCAGACCGGGAGAGACGGGACAAAAUUUGCUGAUUUGAUUUUAAAAAAAACAUUAGAUAGAGAGCAGCAGGCUGUUCAUAAUCUAAUUCUCACUGCUGUGGACGGUGGCGUGCCCACGCGUACAGGUACAGCCAGCAUCAUUGUUCGUGUGCUUGAUGUCAACGACAACGCCCCGUCAUUUGAUAAAGACAAAUACAUCAUAGAUGUGAUGGAAAACUCCCCCAUUGGCAGUCUAGUAAUGAAAUUAAACGCUACUGAUUUAGAUGAGGGGUUAAAUUCUGACAUUGUUUACUCAUAUAGUUUAUAUACAUCAGAGACACAACAGCUGUUUAACUUAAAUCCAGAAAAUGGUGAAAUCAGAGUGAAAGAGAUGAUCAAUUAUGAAGAUUUUAAACUGUAUGAAAUGGAGGUUAUUGCCAGUGAUAAAGGGCCUAACUCCUUAACUGGACAGUGUAAAUUGACAAUAAAUGUGACGGAUAUGAAUGACAAUCAUCCAGAAAUAUCCAUCAAAUCUUUUCAAAGUCCAAUAAAAGAAAACAUAGAAUUAGACACAGUGAUAGCAGUGGUGAGUGUCAGUGAUAAAGACUCAGGUGAAAAUGGAGUAGUUGAUCUUCAUAUUCCAGAUAACAUGCCUUUUAAACUGAGGGAGUCCUCUGGUAACUAUUAUGAAUUAGUGGUGUCAGAGCCGUUAGACAGAGAGAAGGUCCCUGAAUAUGACAUCACUUUCACUGUGACAGACAGAGGCUCUCCUCCUUUAUCUGACAAUGAAACUAUGACAUUAGAGCUGCUGGAUGUUAAUGACAAUGUGCCACAGUUCCCUCAGUCAUUUUAUACUAUACGUGUAGAGGAGAAUAACGCUCCUGGAGCCCUGCUCAGUUCCCUCUCUGCAUUCGACCCUGACCUCCAUGAAAACCAGUACCUAGUGUAUUUCAUCCUAGAGAGGGAGAUAGCCAACACCUCCAUGUCCAUGCUGUUCUCCAUCAACCCAGAGAACGGGAAUCUUUACGCACUAAAAACGUUUGACUAUGAGAUUGAGAAGGAAUUUCUCUUCCACAUCGAGGCCAGAGACUCUGGCUCUCCUCCUCUCAGCAGUAACGUGACGGUGCACAUCAUCAUUGUGGACCAGAACGACAACGCUCCGGUUAUUGUCUCUCCGUGGCGUGCACAGGGCUCGGUGGUGGAGGAAAAGAUCCCCAGAUCCACAGAUAAAGGCUCUCUGGUUUCUAAAGUGAUAGCUUUGGACACAGACUCGGUGCACAACUCCCGGAUCACCUACCAGUUUCUGCAGGUGACUGACGCAACUUUGUUCAGUCUGGACCAAUACAACGGAGAGAUCCGGACCAUGAGGAUGUUCAGCUACAGAGAUCCCCGUCACCAGAGACUGGUUGUUGUCGCCAAGGACAACGGUGAGCCUGCUCUCUCUGCCACAGUCACCAUCAAGCUGUCCACAGUGGAGGCUGCUGUGAAGUCCUACUCUGACAUGACUGAGGUGCCUCUAGAAUAUGACAUUUUCUCAGACCUCAACCUGUACCUGGUCAUCGGUCUUGGCUCUGUGUCAUUUCUCCUGCUGAUCACCAUAUUGGUCACCAUCGUAAUCAAGUGUCAGAAACCCAAGCACAGCAAAGCUGCUCCUCCCUGCAGGAACAGUGUGAUCAGUGAGAGGAACUCCACCAUCGCAGACUCCACUCUGGUCUCCAACGAUGCCUACUGGUACAGUCUGUUUCUAGCAGAGACCAGGAAAGGAAAGAUGGUGGUCAGACAGCCUGUGCCAAAAGGCUCCAGAUACAUGGUGUCCAGUAUACCACGAGGCACAGGACUCACAGACACUAGUGGCUCAGCAGCCUCCACUCUGCAGGCAUCCACCAGCAGCAGCAGGAGCUCCACAUAAGGCCACAUCCUCAGCUGUGUAUUGGAUAAUCGCUGACACGAAAGAUUCAUAUAGGAAAGGAGAAACCCCUGCCUGUUAUGACCCCCACGUCCAUCCUGCCCAGUCUGAUCCUUGUUCCUCACAACAUGUAGUUUUCAUGCGAUAACACCAAAUGGACUAUGGUGACUAAUUAAGGAAACAGACCUCCCCCUCUCUUUCUUCAAGCACAUGAAAAGCCGAUCAACAUUGCCUCUCUGUCCAUUCAAUACGCAUGAUUAGACUGCAUGGCUUCAACCACACUCUUGAGUCCUUCAUACAAACAAUUUUCAUUUGGAAACACUUGCAAUGAAGUAGACUGUAGGAAAUAUUACAACUGUGGAUAUCUAAAGAAGCCUCAACAAGGACUGAGUGGACAUAGGAAUGUUGAAAUGCCUUUAAGAGACUGUUUCCACUCUCUAAAAUGAAACACAUGUUGGAUAUUACAAUAUUAACCUCUGUGCUUUGUCUUGAUCCUUAACAGCAUUGAUGUAUUAUACAAGUUAACUAAAAAGUGAAACAGCACAAUUAAAUAUCAAAAGAUAGAUUUUAAAGUAUGAAAAGAAAGUGGAUCAGUAUUUUAUAGAUGUGGUAGCUUUCAUCAGUUUUAUGUUUUGUACAUGACUUUAUGCUGUAUAUUUGAGCUAAGCCUGAAUAUAUGAAUGAUAUUGCUGAGAGAAAGUUAACCAGUACUACACAGAUGAAAGUGAGUCCUUUAGGUAUUACGUAUCUAUCUUUCAGUUGUUUUUGCAUGGGAUGAUCAAAGUAUGUGUUAUAUGAUAUUGACCAAUGCAUUUCUUUUGUAAGGCCGAACAGUUUAGUAUUUUUCAAAACAAAAUUGAAGAUUACAUUUGAACAAGAAGACAAUGAAGAAGUUAAACAGUAUAAUAAUUGGAUGUAUUCCGAUAAUUAUGUGUACUCUCAGCUUAAACUUAAAUAUACAUGGUGCUUGAAUGUUGUGUUCACUUGGACUUUAAGUGCAAAAUAAGAGCCUAGAGGAUUGUAAAGACACUGAAUCUUCAAGAAUGGUUUGAAUAUCUUCUAUAACUACUGUAAAUACAUCACAAACAUGACCAUGUACUUUCACUUUUUUAUUUUUAAAGCCAAACUGUGUGGAUGUUCCUGAAUUUCAACCUUUUGAGAUUGUGUAUCAAGUUAAAAAAAACUCACUAAAUGACUCAAUGUUUACUUUACAAUGCUGAAAUACUGAAUACUGGUCGUUCCCAAUGAAAGCUGUGCUAAUGUGUAUUACUACCACUACUUUCUCUAUUUAGAUAUAUCCUAAGCCUGUAUCUAUACAAAUGUCAUUCUUUUCAAUUACCAAUGCUGAACUUUUGUUAAGAAAAACAGUGGACAUCCUGUGCCAUCAGAUUUAAGUGUGUGCAAAUCAUUCACAUGAUCAGCUUUUACAUAGUCCAACGGUUUAGCACAUCCCAAAUUGCAUUAUAUAACGAUGUUCUGUUAAAACAGGCAAACAUAUACAAUAAGUGCUUUUGUACUGUGGACUGUUAUGGUGCAUUAUGUAGUAACGUGUGUGAUGUGAGCUUAUUGUAUGCUAUGGUCUGUAUGAUCUAUUAAAUACUACAACAAUCAUAA